UGACGUCCAUUUCGUUUGGGCGGAGCUAGUUAGAGAGACUACUGACACGUAAGAAUCUUGCAUUAAUUUUAAGGAAGAAGCAACAUCUUUUAAGUUUAUUUACGUAUCUGGCUUGAUGUAUUGGCCGUAAGACAUCCAUACCUUUGGUCAGUUGUAGGCGACUCAGGACUGACAACAACCGACCAGUAAAAUGAGAUUUUCAAUGUUUAUAUCUCUGUUGAGGCCCAUCGGCCCAGUCAUCGUCGGUAUCUCUUUGGGAUUUACCUUGAGUUUACUGAGUGUGAAUUGGGUAGAAGAAUCUUGCGUUCUCGAUGGUAAAUCAAGUGGUGAACAUUUAUCCCAAGAUGGUAAUCUUAAAGGUGCCAGAAAACCGAACUCGAUCUCUACGGCCAACGAUUGGGAACACGAGGAAGACUUCGAGCCAAGAAUUGUUCCAUAUAAACCAGUUCAACAAAGCCAACCAAAGAAACUUUUUAGGGCCAAGUACAUUAGCACAGAGCUGGGUAUCCGCGAGCGUCUGUUCGUCGGGGUCUUGACAUCCAAGAACACCAUCAACACCCUGGGUGUGGCUGUAAACCGCACCAUUAGCCACCACCUGGACACAGUGGUCUUCUUUACGGGCACACGCAACCGCAAAGUUCCCCAUGGAAUGUUCGUUGUCACCCACGGUGACGAGAGGCUUAUAUGGAACAUGUUCCAGACCAUCAAGUACAUCCUAGAGCACUACAUCAACGAGUACGACUGGUUCUACCUUGUCCAGGACGACACCUACACUGAGGCAGACCGGGUCAAAGCCCUGGUGGGGCACCUGAGCAUGGACCGGGAGCUAUACAUGGGGAGCCCAGAAGAGUUCAUCGGCGGGGAGAUGGAGGGGAGGUAUUGCUAUGGGGGGUUUGGAUACCUCCUCUCCCGAACCCUGUUGCUCCGGCUCAAGCCCUUCCUGGAGAACUGUCGUAACGACAUCCAGAGCUCCAGGCCUGACGAGUGGCUAGGGAGAUGCCUCAUUGACUACGCCAACACCAACUGUGUUGAUGAACACGAGGGUCUGCAGUAUGACCAUUACAAACUGGGCAAGAAUGCUGAUCCAAGUACAGAGGAGAACGUGCAGUUCAAGAAUGCCUUAACCGUUCACCCAGUGUCUGACCCGGAGCAGAUGUACCGGCUGCACAGACACUUCACUAAGAUAGAACUUCGGAGGACUUACGACGAGAUCACCAAGCUGCAGGCCGAGAUCAAGAAUGUCAGUAAGGUUGCAUUCGAUGGAAACCGGAGUUCCCAGUGGCCAGUGGGGAUCAGCCCUCCCUUUGAGCCCAAGUCUCGGUUUGAGGUUCUCAGGUGGGACUACUUUACAGAGGAGCAGAUCUACUCCUGCAUCGACGGUUCCCCCAAGUGCGAGCUGCGUGGGGUUGACCGCCUAGAUGUGGCGGAUGUCAUUGAUGUGGCAAUGGGGGAGCUGAACAAGAAGUACAAGCCGGUCCUCCAUCUGAAGAAGCAGCAUCUCGUCAAUGGCUACAGGCGCUUCGAUCCGACCCGAGGAAUGGAGUACACUCUGGACCUGCAGCUGGAGGUGGUCAACCAGAAAGGCCGUAGCAGAUCCAUCACCAAAAGGGUCCAUCUGGUGCGUCCCCUGAGCCGUAUUGAAAUCAUCCCCAUGCCCUAUGUCACGGAGGCCACUAGGAUCCACAUCAUCUUACCUUUGAACCUUCAGGACCAAAACGACGUCAACCAUUUCUUGGAAGUGUUUGCCUCGAAUGCCUUCGAGACCAGCGAAAACACCAUCCUAACGUUCUUGUUUAUCUAUGACCCACUAGAGGCCCAACAGGUCAACCAGAACGACAUAUUUGCAGGCGUGAAGGCCCAGAUCAAUGCCUAUGAACACAAGUACCCCACGGUGAAGAUCCCAUGGAUCAGUGUGAAGACGGAAACCCCUUCCCAGAUCAAGUUCAUGGACAUAAUCUCCAAGAAGCACCCAUUGGACACUCUGUUCUUCAUCGCGAACGUCAACACCAAUGUCAAUGCUGAGUUCCUCAACCGUUGCCGAAUGAACUCCAUCAACAACUGGCAGGUGUUCUUCCCCAUUCACUUCCAGGACUACAACCCGGACCUGGCCUACCACAACAUGCAGCCCCCAGCCACCAUUGACCUGGUGAAGGACGCAGGCCUCUUCGACCGCAGCUCCUUUGAGGAAGCCUGCUUCUACAACUCUGACUACAUGACAACGCGGACACACAUGGCCGCCGAUGUGCAGGAGAACGAGGAGAUCCUGGAAACCCUGGAUAUCUAUGACAUGUUCGUCAAGUACUCAGUCCUGCACGUGUUCAGGGCGGUGGAACCCGCCUUGCACCAGCAGUACCGAUACCAGGCCUGCAACCCGAGGCUCAGUGAAGACAUCUACCACAGGGCAAAUGUGCUGUCCAUAUCAGAGAGAUGUUGGAACCAAAUGUGUGGAUGAUUCCACAUUAUCAAGCGAGGAGCAUAAGCUUUGUCAUGACAGGUCACCUUUGACAUGGUUGUUUUACACUACAAAGAUUCCUUACGGGUAUGGCUUUAAGAUUUACAGCUUUCGAUACUUGCCUGUUUGCAUUUAAGUCAUCUCUGACCAUAGCACAUUUCUGUAGAUGUGCCUUCAAUAUGAUCCCUCUGCCACUCCUUCAUAUUGUUAGUUAUAUUGUCAUAAUUAAACAUUUCAUAAUUGAUACAUAUGUCAAUAGUUGCACAGAACAUUAAAAGUUAAAACACAUGUUAUCAUAUUUUCCCUUACAUUUCCCACACUAUAUGCAGUUUUACUUUUCAAUCAGACAUUAUUUAACAUCAAACCCUUUUUUAUUAUGCAGUAAGAGAUCAAUCAUAUUUUGAAAUGGUACUAUGUUGGUAACAUGUUGUUAUUUUAGCACUGACAUGUUUAAGAGAUUAUUAUAUUAUACGAAAAGUUGUUACCAUAGCAAUGUCCAGAUAUGAUCUUCAUGCUUUGAAAGACUUAGAAUAGACUGUCUGGACAAGUCUUGUAUGUCGCAGAAGGUCAAGUUUGUUGUGGUAAUCGAGCACAUGGAUGUGGUCAUGGAUAUUCUACCAGUAUAGUCCUAGUGAUGAAGCAAAAGACAGGACUUUUUGACGAUAAACCAUAAUAAAUAUUUAUUUAAAUAAAUAUUUGAACAUGGUUGAAAUUUAGUAUGUAGGCUAGUUUAGUAAUGUAUACUUGACAUGAAUGUUACCUGUCCAGAACAACCAAAGGAAUAGGAUAUUCCUAAUGUCCUAUGUCAUAAAUGUCUUUGCCAUGGCCACUUUUCAUCCAAUUUACAUUUUAACCCAUAAAAUGUUAACAUAUGUUACAUAGAAUGGGUUGUGGGCACGUAUGUCUAAAUGUAUUCCAUGCAACCAACAGCUCUGCAUUCUUUCAGUGUUGUCCAGACAGAUGCCUUCAGGGAAGUGGAUGUAGCUGGUAAUAGAUGUUUUAAGCAAGUAUGUGCAAUAUUGUAUAGAUGAUGAUGAUUGAUGAUGAUGGUGAAAUCGGAUGAUUGUCCAAUUGAGGACGGCUAAUUUCAAAAUGUGCUGCAAGUAUAGUAACAUGAUAAAUAUUUAUCAAAUUAUUACAAAAGCAGUGUACUCUGUCACUCCACGCUGACUGUGACAUGGCCUACAUUAAAACUUAACUCGCAAUGACAGUUUUGUUUUGUGUUAAUUGAUACACUUGAAUACACUGUAAAUGUAUUUGAUUUAAACAAUAUUGUAUUUUUUUGAGAAAAACACUAAAUACUUUUAAUCUUUCAUGAAAUUAAUGCAAAUAUAAAAUAUAUAAGCCUAUAUUUGUGUGUAAUUGCAUACAGAUUUCUGUAUGUUUAUGUUCAUAAUUUCACUAAAACCGAAUGAGAUUACAUUACGCAAAUGUAAUGCAGAAACUCAAAUAGAUUGCCACAGUAUUCCCAGUGUGUAUGUAGAAUAUAUAUCUAUAUAUGUUUCUAAGUGUACUACGCUCUGGAUUUUACUUUUGUCUGUUGAGUUUGACGGGUAGUAUUUUACUACCAGUAGAAUUCCAAUAUGGGAUUCAUUUAUGAAUCAUCCAUUUGAAAUGUGCCGCGUAUCACAAUGCAUUUCCAAUUAUUGUGUUAAUGAUGACCAUUACUCGUCGACCUUGACAGUUCGUAAGUUAAAUGUGUAUCUUUCUUUUUUAAAGCAGCCAAACUAAGACUGUACAGGCUGAAUAGGUCCUGUUUCUUGUAUCAACGAGAAACAUUUACUGGUUCCUUUUGUGCUUCAAAAGUUAUUAGGCAUGAAGAGUAACAUGUAUAAUCUUUAACAUACAUAUAAAUUAUAAAUGAAACAUUUACUGUGACUUAACUGUAAAUAUAAAAUAAACCAAAUUUAAUUAUGAA